UCGCCGUUGUCAAGUUGCCGCGGCCGCUCUCCUCGAUUCUCACGCACGCCGCCGAGUCACGCCUCCCACGGAGAUGAGCACGACCCUCUUCGCAGACACCUAAGUCCGCCGCGAGGUUUGUGAAGUGUUUCAGUGGCCACGAAUUCGGUUUCGCAGUGCUUCGAGUGUACCCUCACCCACGAUGGAUGACAUCAACUUCGCCGCACAGUGUCUCCUGGAGAUGUCCCACAGCAAGGACCACCUCAACCUGAACUUGAACCGCCCCCUGGACCUGUCCAAGUCCCUGAUCCGCGAGGAAAUCCUCUUCGUCAACCCCCCGGGCCCCGCCGUCAUCGUGGAACAGAUACCCAUGGUACCGGCCACGUAUCUCAAAGAGGAACCGGUCACCACCAACUCUACGGAGUCGUCCUCGUACAUGGUGGCCCGCAUCCUCACGGAUUUGACCAGGUUGAAGCAGGAACCGGUGCCGGAAGUGCCGUCCGACGGUGAGGGCACCCUCACCAUCGACGAAGAUCCCGAUGAGGGUUAUAACAGCUUCAACACCACCCCCAACAAACCGGCUAGGAGUGCCGAGAAGGCCGCGACAAGCGCCAAGAGUCGCAAGAGCGACGCGGGGCCGCCCCCGAAGAAGUCCAACGCCCCCAGGACGCAGUCCUCGCCCAGGCUGGGAACCCAGGCCAGGAAAACGCACAAGUGUUCCUACGAUGGCUGUCACAAGGUCUAUGGGAAGAGCUCGCAUCUGAAGGCUCACCUCAGGACGCAUACAGGAGAAAGACCAUUCCCAUGUAGUUGGGACGGAUGUGGGAAAAGAUUUGCCCGCUCAGACGAAUUGGCCAGGCACACGAGGACGCACACGGGCGAAAAGAACUUCGCCUGUCCGGUUUGCAACAAAAAAUUCAUGCGUAGUGACCACCUGAGCAAACAUGCGAGACGACACCCGAAUUUCGACCCCUCCGUGCUGAGGCAGCGCAGGGCCCCCAACAGGGCUUUUUCCAUCAACUCCAGCGACGGUACACCCUCGGACGUACUCUCGGACUCGAUGCCCAGUCCGUAACUGCUGAAUGUCUAAUUUAAGGGGCGAGUGUUGCUGCUGUCGCUGAGAUGAGGGUCGUUUGUGAGGCGAAAGAUGGCCGGCGAGAAAACUACGGCAGACUUGGAACCGUUUCCCUGGUCAAUUUAAAAAAUCUCAGAUCUAUAAUUUUUUUUAAGUCACUUACUUUUUUAAAAUGAUAAGAUC